AUGAGAAAUUCCUGCACAUUUCUGGCAUCCUUUCUCUCACUCGUCAUUUUUCUUCUGCUAAUUCCUGAAGAUUUCUGUGCAGAAAUCAUUGGAGGAAAUCAAGUGGAUCCUCAUUCAAGACCCUACAUGGUCCUACUUAAAGGACAAAAAAUCUGUGCUGGGGCUUUGAUUGCAAAAAACUGGGUGUUGACUGCAGCUCACUGUCCCCUGGGCAAAAGAGCCCAGGUUAUCCUUGGAGCUCACACAAUAUCCAAGCAUGAGCGAGAAAAACAAGUAAUGUCUGUUAAGAAAGAGAUUCCCUAUCCAUGCUAUGACCCUAACACGCAUGAAGGUGAUCUUAAACUGCUAAAGCUGAACAAAAAAGCAUCACUUAAUAAAAACGUCACUCUUCUUCAACUACCUAAAAAGGGGGAGGAUGUGAAGCCAGGAACAGUCUGUCGAGUUGCAGGGUGGGGGAAGUUUCAUAAUAAGUCAACUAAAUCCUCAGAUACUCUGAGAGAAGUCAAUGUCACUGUCAUAGACAGAAAAAUCUGCAAUGAUGAGAAGCACUAUAAUUAUAAUCCUGUGAUUGGAGUGAAUAUGAUUUGUGCUGGGAGCCCCCAAGGUGGAAAAGAUACAUGUAAUGGAGAUUCUGGAAGCCCUUUGAUAUGUGAAGGUAUUUUCAGAGGCACCACUGCCUUUGGCCUUCCAGGGAAAUGUGGAGACCCUCAAGGACCUGGCAUCUAUAUUCUUCUCUCAGGGAAAUAUCUCGCAUGGAUAAGUAAGACCAUCAAGGGGACAAUUUAG